AUGUCGGGCGACGACGGGCCCCAGACGCCUGCCACCGCGGCUGUCGCCUCCGCCUCCAUGUCGGCGUCUGCGUCGGCGGCCGCGACAUCCGCAUCCUCGGCCGCGUUGCCUAAAGUCUACAGCUACAUGGAGCAGGCGCUGUGCCAGGCGGCCGCCGAGGGUCGGCUCAACACGAUGAUGCGCAUUCUGCACGAGCGUAUCGACAUCAAUUGCCUUGACGCCGUCGGCUACACUCCGCUCCACUACGCCGCGAUGUUCGGCCAAUUGGAGGCGAUCAAACUGUUGCUGUGCAACCGGGCACAGGUGAACGCGAUCAACUGGUGCGGCACGUCUCCUCUUCAUCUGGCCGCCCACAACAACCAUCUUCGUUGCGCCCAGUUGCUCGUCUUCUCUGGUGCCAGCACCGGCCUUGUCUGCACUGCGUCCGGAUGCCGAGCCUGCGACCUGGCGCCCAUCAACUCGCCAGUUCGUCAUUUCCUCGAACGUUGCGACGACGGAGAACCGGUCAGUCUGAAGGAGCUGUUCAACUGGCCCGCCCAACCCCUCGUCCCGGAGCACGCGAUACCGCCCCGCGAGGAAGCGCAGAAGGAGAAGACGCGCCGAGAACCCCCACAAAAGGGUAAAAUCAAAAAAUAG